AUGUUGUUGUGUGUGGAUCAAUACAUCACAUCCAGAGCGGCGGUGCGGAGUCACUCUAUGGUUAUCAGAAUGUUACUAAAGAUUUGUUUGUAUCUUAUUUUUGUAAGUUGAGGGAAAAUGUUUAGCGUUUCUUAAUAAUGAUUUUGAAACAAAGCCGCGAAGCAAUAGGGUAAAUAGGGAUAGGGUUUUCCUCUCCUAAAACCAAUUUAGACGUUAAAAAAUAGGUGUAAAGGUCGCUGGUUACCUGUAAACAAAAAAAAAUUGUUUUAACUUCCAAUCCUACAUUUUGUCCCCGCCCUUUAGAAAAAAACCGUAUUUGAACACGGUGAAUUUUACUAACAUCAAUAUUUUUGUACGAUUAGCUGUUUUUAGAUAUGCAUUGGAGUUGUAGGGAGCAUUUUGCACACUAUACGUAAGUUAGUUUCAUAAAAGGAAAUAUGUUUUUAUUAAAUCUCAUUUUUAAAAAUUUUUUUGUUUAGUACAUUGUUAAAUCUCCGGUUAAAACUACACCUUUAUAGCAAAGCAAUUCGUUGUACAAAAGUUUCAUUGUAUUUCUUUUUGAUGUAUACAUAUACAUACGUACUUUUUAGGCCUCGCAAGCACAAGCAGAGCUUUUUUAGUUAUUCCCUUACAAGGCGGUUUGACGUUUGGUGCUUUCUUGGUAAGAAAUUUCUAAUAACUUUUACGAAUGGGUUUGAUUUUUUUUAACCCCCUCCCCCAGUAGGAAUAGUGUAAAGGUGUUAAGCCUGGCCCAGGCUUUUUCAAACCUGUUUUCGCCUCCCACUCAAUGUGGGCCGGGCCCAGAGCGGGCCUAUUGAUCAGGUUUAACCACCAGACGUAGCUCCCUGGCACUGUGCGUUAGCUCUACUGUUUUAACUGGAUUUCCAACGUAACAUCAUUAAAAACUAGUUUUAGGGUUACAUUAUUCUGCGCAAAACGUUGUUGUCUACUUAUAAAAGAAUUCGAUUUGCCUGCCUUUCAAAACAAUUUCAGGUACUAUGUAUUUUAGUAUCUUAUUCUUUAAUUUAAAAAUUAACGAAUAUUUAAAUAGUGUAAAUAAAUUUUAGUUACAACAAAGUAUUUGGAUCAUGCAACGGCUACGCAAAUGCUUUAUAGCUCAAUCUAUUAUCUUUACAAUAACGGAAUCUCUUUUGCUUAUUAAUUUAGCGGCUGAGGAACCAUCUUUAUCGGUUCUGACAAUUUAUAAUUGUUAUUUGUUAAGCACAGCGGUUUAUUUUUUUACCCAAUCUGUAUGUUGUUUUGUACUUAAUCGACACACAAGGUCGAAAAUCUCAAAACCUCAUAUAAUACCGAAAAACAUUUUUGGCGAAGAGAUAAUUGUAAAGAAUAAUUCUGAAAACAAUUUUCAAAUUCUUCAGGAUAUGUGGAAUCGUAAAUAGUUUAAUAAUUUUUUUAAUAAACUUUUUUUUGGGUUUUUCUGCCGUGGCUGGCAAAUAGAUUUCUUGGACCAUCACCGUGAUAGGCCUUUAAAAUUUAACUAGGACAUUCAUAAUAGGUAAGCCCGCAAAGACUUUUUUUUUCGAAAAUUGCGAGUUUCCCAGGUUGCGGGGAUGAAAAAAAACUCCCCCCUCCGCCAAAAACACUACCACCUUGGCUUUACCACGUUCAGGUUCACGGGGAAGAUUACCUUUUGAGUGAACGGCAUAAAUAUAAGGAAGAAUAAAAAACUGCAAAAUUUUUGUUGGCACCGCAUAGGUGGCUUUAUUAUAAUUUAUUUUAACCGUACCCGGAACAUUUAAAUCUACGGCAUCAAUUAAUAUUUGUAAUUGUAAACGCUUGAAAAAAGUAGUUAAGGAAUUUAAAAAAAUUUUACGUUUUUUGUACGUGUUUUAAAUACUUUCACCAGACUUUAAAAUUAUAUGUUAUUUGGCCGCAUUAGGUUCUUUAUAUACUCUAGUGCGUCAUGUUUAAGGUACGUUGUGGUGCCAACUUAAUUGCUAAGUGUCUUAAUCUAAUGUCACGUUCCUUGAACAUUACAAAACGCGUUUUUUCGAAAUAACGUAUGUGCCUAUAAUUCGACCGUCUUAUUAAUGAAACCUGAGGCAUUAUUAAAAAUAUAAUUAAUGUUAUUCAACUUCUAGUUUAGCCGUUUGUUUUUUGUGUCGUAUAAUUCCUGUUAGUCUGCUAGUAUUUACGUUGCUGUUUUUGUUGUUAAUAAUAAGCUACUGUAACAUCCUUCUACUUGUUACGUAUGUCGAAUGCUAUUGGACUUACAAUUGGAACACGUUUAUGGAUUUUUAAUGUAUACUGAUUCUAGAAUUAUCUAGUGUUUCUAUUUCUUGUUAGUUAUCUUUUCAAGUACAGUGGAACUCCUGUAUAACUAAUCGCUCGGGGACUGGAAAUUUGUUACCGUAUCUUCGCGAUUAGUUUUUACUGAUUAAUAUUAUGAGAGCUGAUUUAACCUUUGACGAAAGCCAAUAAGUUUUCGAUUUAUCUACAUAUUGCAACACUUCUGAAUACUUCUAAAUCUACCUAUUGUAAUCCUUCUCAACAAUUUCAAAUCUACGUAUUGGAAACUCUCCCAAUGCUUCAAAAUUUACAUACCGCAAUUCUUUAAAUUAAUUAUUAUUAUCUUCCUACUAUCUACACAUGGCCACCGCCAAUGGCUUUAUAGAGUUGAAAGCUGAGCUGACGAUUGUUUGGAUUAUCAACGUACUAGAACUUGUUGUGCUUACAUUAUCAAUGUUUUCCUUUGCCUCAAAUAUAAUUAUCAAGAGCUUUCAGUUUAAGUCUUAUUCAACUUUGAACGGACUAUUUAUAUUAAAUGGCAUUGUUGGAAUUUGUUAUUGCGCUUCAAGAACACUGAUUUACAUAAAUGUAAAUUUUUAUACAAACGUGUUACUACCAGACACUUUUGUAUUUCUAAAAAAAUUAAGAUUGUUUUGCUUUAAUUGGGCCUUUUGUUUUCAAGUAUUGUUGUGUGUGGAUCAGUAUACUACAUCUGUAGUGGCGGUGCGGGAUGGCUCUCUGAUUACCAAGAAGUUAUUAAAGUUUUGUUUGAACCUGAUUUUUGUAAGUUAAAAACAAUUUUUUUAAUACUGGAACGUAUGACGAUCUCUUCUAUAACAGAGAUUUCAUAUAACAAACAAUUUUAAAGUUUACGUUUACUACUAUACAGAGCAUUUAAAGCUCACCUAUCCGAAAUAUCUAGAUGACGAACGAAAAACCUUAAAGCGAUUCGUUAUGCAUAAGUUUCACUGCAUCGCUAAAAACAACAUACUUAAGUUUAAUAUUUUUGUACAAUAUGUUAUACUGUAUCUUAACUGCUUUUAUUUAGAUAGGCAUUGGGGUUGUAGGCAGCAUUUUGCAUACAAUACGUAAGUUAUAUUUUUAAAAAUGCUCUUUGUAAUGGUAGACAAGGUUUAAAAAUUUUACUUUGUUAUACAGCAGAUUGAAUUUUUAGGAUUAGCAAAUACGAUCAGAAUUUUUUUGGUUAUUCCCCUGCAAGCUGUUGUCACGUUUGGUGCUUUCUUGGUAAGAAUUUUUCAGUAUCAUAUACGCAAAAGAGCGCAAAAGCAAAUAACUUUUUAACCGCCUUUCCCUUCUCUCUCCCUCCUCUCUCCCUCACUUUCCCAGUAGAUCAGUAUGUUCAAACCGGCGCUAACCCGUUCUAGUCCUAGUAGACCUCAAUUAAGGUGUUACCUGAGUUCAGCUACACUGCUGGCGCGCUUUACAUUUUUAGCUUUAUUUAAUAUAAGACCGGCAAAAGAUUGUUUUCAGGGUUACUUCUUUCUGCGCAAAACGUUGCUGUUGACUUAUGAAACCAGCCUUUCCAAACAGUAUCAGGUAAUGAUAAAUUAUGGAAUCAUCUGCAAAGAGUUUAGACCUAAAAGGGUUCCACCAGGAAGCGGGGAAGGGAUGUACAAAAGCAAAUCUUAG